CUUCUGGGUUUUUUGGAUGUUGCGCUUGCCGUACAAUGUCAAGUAUGUUGUCAAAGUUGGAUUAGGAGGUAGAGCGACGGAAAUAAGGGCUUUUUAACCGUGAAACAGCAGGAGACAGUGUUCUUGGAUUGGUGAACCAUGGGAAACACCAGUGACCGGGUGUCUAGUGAUCGCCAUGGGGCGAAGAGUCAUCGCACAGACAGCAGUGGCAGCCACAAGGACCAUGAACCGAGCAAGAUGGUGGACAGCACAGAUGACCCUAAUAUCUUUAACACUCAUGGACCUGAUACAAAGGCUUCAGGCGAAAAGGAUUUUCCUCCAGAUUUAGACGACUUGGUAAAAACAGGCCCACAGGCUCGUCCUACAGUUAUACGGUGGGGAGGAGGCGGGAAAGAGGUCUACAUAGCCGGCUCCUUCAACAACUGGAGCACCAAGAUCCCACUUAAUAAAAGCCAUAAUGACUUUGUCGCAAUCCUGGACCUUCCUGAGGGAGAGCAUCAGUAUAAGUUCUUUGUUGAUGGACAGUGGCUUCACGACCCGUCUGAGCCAGUGGUAACAAGUCAGAUGGGCACUAUUAAUAACCUGAUCCAGGUGAAGAAAUCAGACUUUGAGGUGUUCGACGCGCUGCAGGUGGACUCGCUCGAGUGCUCAGACACGUCUGAUCUGUCCAGCUCCCCGCCUGGUCCUUACGGACAGGAAGUAUACAUGUUCCGACCAGAGGAGCGCUUCAAAGCCCCACCCAUCCUGCCACCCCACCUCCUCCAAGUCAUCCUCAACAAAGACACCAACAUAUCAUGUGAUCCAGCUCUGCUGCCUGAACCCAACCAUGUGAUGCUCAACCAUCUAUAUGCACUGUCCAUAAAGGAUGGUGUGAUGGUCCUCAGUGCCACUCACAGGUACAAGAAGAAGUACGUCACCUCUCUGCUGUACAAGCCUAUAUAGAGCUGGACGCCUGGCCGGGGCCUGGGCAGCAUGCCUGUACUGUAUUGUUUCUCUCUAUAAUGCUCCACCUAGCUGAGAUUGCAACACACACCAAGUUUACAACGGUUCUGGCAACCGCUGAUGCUCACGCACACACACUGAGGAUGAGUUGCGAGUGUGCUGUCUGUAAGUGUGUGUGUUCGCGCUGUGUCUGCUAGCACCUGUGUGUCGACAAGGGCUACUGAACUGUACUGAAUGCAGCAUUCAGGAACUGCAAUCCUGAGGUUUUAAUAUAUAUAUAUAUUUUUUUUAGCUUUAGUUUGCCUGAAGCUUGACAGCAGGGGGGGUAAAAUUGGUUACAUGUUUUUACAUAUUUUGAAAGGUCAUAGCACAAGAUAGACUGGUGUGUUUUGAUGUAAAUCUCAGUAUAACACAGUCACAGCUGAUAGGAUUUAGGAAUUCUGAGAUAUUUGUGUUCUUUUAAAUCCAUUUUUUUUUUUUCGCUUUUUAGAGUUUGCGUUUUUUUGUGUCUUAUUUAUUUAAACGGGAUUGUUGCAUGAUGGAGUAUCUGCUUGUAGGCUAAAAGUCAAAGGCUUUUUUUGAGGUGAAAUUUUAUUAAGUAGUAGGUCAAAGCAAAACUGGCCUAGGGUCUUUGGUUGUGUUCAGACGACCAGCCCAAAUCUGAAUGCCAAAUCUGAUUUUGGGCAUGUUAAGAUUGGCUGUUUCCAGAUUGACUUUUCAUAGAAAACGCUGGUUAAUCUGAUCAUUCUGUGCAGAUUUGUCUUAGUCUGGAUCAAAUCGAUUUCAAUGUGUCUUUUGCGAGUGAUGGAAAUGUGUCUAAAAAGAUCACUAAGCAACCUCGUUGUACCACAGAAACCCAUGCAGACACGUUUGUGAUGUCCAGACACACAAAUCUGAUCUGUUUAUUUGCAAAGAACAUUGUAGGCAAUCAUCUCAACAGAUCUGAAUUUAGAAAGAAAUCUGAUUUUCCUGCAGUCUGAACUUUUUUUUUCAUAUAGAUUACAUUGUUAAAGGUUCUUAUGGGUUUUUAUAGGCCUGAGAGAUACUAAGGUAAAGCUGGACACUGCAGGUUGGCCGUUCACCAGUUUACACAUUUUUCCUCUUACACCAAGUUCAGUCUUAACAAGAAGCCUAUUUGUGCUAAGCUAGCUAAAAUAAAAUCUACACUAUAUGGAAAAAAGUAUUGGGACACCUGUUUAUUUAUUGUUUCUUUUGAAAUCAAAGGUUCUAAAACAGUCUUGAUUCUGCUUCUGUUGGAAUAAAUGUCUCUACUCUCCACAGAAGACCUUCUUACCAAAUUUUGGAGCAUUGCUGUGAAAAUUCAGCAACAAAAGUUAAUGUGGUUAACCUUAGUUUUGUCAGAAUGUUUGCAGGCUUUGUACUAGGGAUGCACCAAAUAUUUGACAGCUGAAUUGCUUUAGCAUAAAAUGUGUUAAAAACUGAUUUUAAGAGGAAAAUUGUGUAAAUAUGUUUUUUGGCGAGCUAUUCCUUAGGUCAAGUCGUAGGUCAAGACUGAACGAGCAGAGCUGUGAUUUUAUUUAUUUCUGUUUAUUUAUGCAUUGAUGCAGUUGGGCAGACGCUGGAGUAGUGCUGACUGUGCUGAUAGCCUGAGUGUGUGGUGAGCACCCGCAUGCCGUUGCCUUUCACUGCGAUCGUAAGCACUUUAACCAUGUUCUCACUGUGAGAGUCAGGCAGAGCGUCCAGAUUUCAGGAUUGAAUUGAAGGAAUGGAACGUACUUUGUUGUUUUUGUGUUUUUUAGACUCAAAUAUUUAACUAUGCUGUGGACAAAUCUCGUACUGUAGUCUCACCGGAUAGACGCUGACUGUGUCCAAAACUGUGCCCUAUUCACUGUUCACUAUACAUGAAUAUGUAGACCACUAGAAAUCCACAUUAGUGAACGAUUUUGGACAGAUCAUAAUGUGUCUGAGGUGAUCAAUGUGUGACAACACGUCGCAUAAACGUGCAAUAUGCGUAUCAUAAUCUAAACAUGUUUGUCCGAGAAUCUGCACACAAACAGUUUUGUUUAUAUAAUAUGAUAUUUAAAGGCAUUUGGACGAUACACAAUAUUUCUUACAACAUUUUUUAAAUACAUUUAUUUAAAAUUUUAUCCCACUUUCUCCCCAAUUUACAAGGUCAUAGGGACCCCAAAUCACUAGUGAAGCACCAACACCAGGAGGGUGAAGAGUAGCACAUGCCUCCUCCAAUACAUGUGAAGUCAGACUCCACCUCUUUUUAAACUGCUGCUGGUGUAUCAUUACCGAGCAUAAUCACUGAGCACUCGGAGAAAAGUGCAGUGAAACGGUUCCGAUACAUCAGCUCACAGACGCCUUGUGCUGAGUGACAUCACCCUACGAGUGAGGUGGGGCGAGAGCGCAUCUACCCACCCAGAGAGAGCAAGGGCAAUUGUGCUCUCUCAGGGCUCUGGCAGCAGAAUGCUGCAUGACUUGGAUUCGAACCAGUUAUCUCUCGAUUUUAUGCCACAUUUUGAUAGAGACCAAGGCUUUGGUCAGUCUGCCAGCCUCAGUCUGACUUAUGACAUGUCUGGAUUGUAUCCAGAUAGAUUUUUUGAAAGGUCUGUGCAAUGGAAGCUAAAACCCAACACAUAUAUUCAGAUACUCUCCCAUCAUUUGUAUGCAUUGAAUUAAAAAAAUAUAUAAAAUAUUAGUGCUCUGUCAAAAUAAACUCAUUAAUUACACUCUCUGUAUAAUAUAAUUCUGAUCAAAUUUUAGAUAAUUUGAUCAGAGUUUUUUAAGGACUGAUGAUGAUAUCCACAAUAUUCAGAGAUUGUCUCAUUGCCCACCUCUAACUAUAUAGUAAAUAGGGCACAGUUUUGGACACAUCUUCUUAACAACUUCUUCACUCACUUAUCACUAUGACAGCCCAUUUUUAACAAUUUUUCAAACAAUUUUUACAUAUUUGUGUUGUAUUUGUAAGACAGGAAUGUGUCAUAAUGUUUGCCGUUUAUACGUAUAUCCAGAAUGCUGGUUUACUGGAAGUGUCGUCUGGUGGUGGUUGUGAUGUUUUAAUGGAGGCUACAGGAUCUUUAUUGUAAGAGGUUGUGUGUGGAUGUGGUUAAUUCGCAAUAAUAGGUCAGAGAUUUCGUGGUACCCAUGGAAACUAAAUCUAUGUUCACAUAGCAGGUAAAAGUGGCACAAAUUAAUGUGGCUGAUCAGUUUGGAUGUAUAUAACGCAUGUGUUAUCGUUGUGGGGAUGUGAACAGCAAAACCCACUAAAUCUAAUAUUUUCAUUUAUGAUUUGGACCAUUUGUAUAAGUUUAUAUUUGGAAAUCUGAUGCGUCUCUGAUGUGUGGCAAUGAGACUAUGGGCAUUGGAUAGCUUCUGUAUAGCCCCUGUGAAACUGGAGAAGAUGAAACCGAAAAUUCACAUGAAGCGCUGAUUUGUAGUGCAUGGGUGUAGGUUCAGGAGACAAACUGUUCAGACAAAUAUUGAAUAUACAGCUCAUAUUUUGCUAUUUAUAGGUAUAUGUUUGAGAUAUAUUAAUAGGUAUAUGUUUGAGUCUUACACACUGCUUUUGGAUUUUGGCCUCUGAAAUAUUUGAGCUGAUGUCUCUUUUCCAACCAAAUUAGAAGACUUGUGUCACAACCAUGCAGUAUUCUAGUGCCACAAGAGGGCGCUGAUGCUUGGUUUAAAAAAAAAAAAACAAGUAUGCGAACCAAAGAAGUGGGUGUGGCCAAAUUAUGUGUCUUUUUACGGAGAGCUGGAAGGCCUUCACAGUAAUAAUCCAAGCUGUCAGUCACUGGAAAACUCCUUGAUGGCUCCUGUGAUGCUGGAGAAGAUGAAACCGAAACUUCACUUGAAGCACUGCUAAUCAGCAGGAGUGUUAGUUUAGGAGCUUUACUAAUCAGACAAACAUUGAAAACAGAUCACACUAAUAAGUUAAACCUAAAAUAAGAAGCCUAAAAUAAAUUUCGGAUUUGGUGAGAAAUGAUCAGAUUCAGCCCACUUUUACCUGCUGUGUGAUCAAAGUUUAAAUGUUUUCUCAUGUUUAACGCACAUUGAUAUUUGAUAGCACUGUUUGAUGCGUUUGAUUGUAUACACUUUGCUUGUGUGUGAUUUUUUUCCCCCCUUCACUCCAAAGAUGUAGCAGAAAGGCAUUUUUAUUAUGGUCAGACUUCAUCUUAACUGAGACCUAUUUAAACGUUGCUACAGAAAGACAGCAGUGUAGGAUUUAAGGUGUGGGAUUUACAGAAUGUCCUGAAAUAAUCCAAACACUUGAAUUUAGCUGAAAGCUUUGUUGUAUCUCUUUAUUAAAAGCAAUGCAGCCUUUUUUGGUAAGCCAUGUAUUUUAUUGUGUUGUUUUUUGUUUGCAAAUAAAAGGGAUACAGUGUGA